AUGGCGCCUGCCGUGCUGAGACUUCUCAAGUUCACCACAAAAGUUGCGGUGGCUGGAGGAGCUGUCUAUGUGGCAUAUGACUAUGGGUUGCUGGGAAGUGGUACUCAGGGAGAAGAAGCCUUGAACAAGACCACAGCAGCUGUACCUCCUGCUGUUCAUGAAUGGGCAGACUACUUUGGUUUGCAGAAGGGACUGGUCGAAUCUCGAUGGUUGGGCUAUAUCAAGCCAGGGACGCCAUGUCUGCAGGAAUUUUGUCUUCCAUCCACACCAAAGCUUGACUUUUCUCUUGGCGAGUCAUGGAAUUGGGGGGUGCAGAAGUCUGUGUCUGCUCUCUCAUCUGCACCAAACAAAGCGUGUGAGUACACGGCAGAUGGAUGGAAGUAUAUAAAAGACUCGGUGAAGUGA